CUUUGAAACUCCUCCGACUGCAGUCCCCGACCACACUCCUUCGUCGUCGCCGAUACUUUUUGUCCUCAUGGCAGAACACGUAUUCGAAAAAGGCAACCCGAUCCUUGGACGUGGCAAUUACCAUGCCAAGGUCGGCAAUGGAGGCAAACAGCAAAAGUUUAAGCUCGUGGCAGGCAUGCGCAUCGACAGUUCAUUGUCCCAAGCGCCAAGCAUCCUGGCCACGCGGGCCGACAAGCGCGGCGACCCCGAUCGGUUCACGACGACGGCGCGGGAUUUUGGGAGCGAGCUCAGCAUCACGGACGAGAGCAUCUUCGCCCCGUCCAACGUGAACAAGGUGCUUCGAUUCUUCGCGUUUUUUGAAGAAACGGUCGACGAAAGUCCAUCCGAGCUGUUUCGACUUCGCAAGAGCAUGAUCUUGUUCUACUUGACGGACGACACGAUCGAGAUCAUCGAGAACAAAGUCGCCAACAGCGGGUUGCCCCAAGGCACGUUUCUCAAACGCGGCAAGCUGCAAAAACCAAACCACGGCGGCCACUACAAGAUGGAGGAUAUUUACGUGGGUAUGCACUUUCCCAUCUACGGCCGCGUGUUCAAGCUAUACAGCUGCGACGCGUGGACGCGGUCGUACUACUCGGAGCGAGCGAUGGAGCUGCAUCCAGACAUUGACAUCCCCAAGGACGAGUACACGCUGAGUCGGCAAGAGAUUGCCAAGUUGUGCGGCGGCGAAGUGGGCCACUUUUACGGGAAAAAGAACAGCGCGCUCAAGACGUUCAUGGAAGCCACGCUGGGCAACCACGGGCUGCAGAGCAUGAAGAAGAAAAAGUUUUUGGAAAACUGCCGAAAGGUGCUCAACUUCAAAUGCGAGUACGACGACCGCGAGAAAUUGUACGGCGACUUGAUGUCGUACAGCCUCAACUAUUUCUUGGAAGACGACACGAUCGAAAUCAAAGAGGUGGAAAAGGCCAACUCGGGCCGGGAUCCUUUCCCGUUGCUGCUGUCGCGGUGCCGUUUGCUCAAGACGUGGGAGGACGCGAUCCACGACGAACAAGCCCGGGGCGUCGAAGAACCCACGGGGCGCGACGCGUACUUUAACGAAGAAGACUUGUACGUCGGCGCCGUGAUCAACGUGUUUAGUCGACCUGUGAAGCUCGUCGAUGCGGACGAGUACACUCGCGCGUACUAUGCGCACACAUGGGACGUCCAGCUCGCCCCUCCGUCGUAUCAUAACGAACCGCGCAAGGAAAACAAAAAGCCCGACCCACCUCCGUACACUGGAUACGGCACCGAAGAAGAUUCCCUCGGGUCGGUCACGAAUUUGGUGCCUAAAGUGCCCAAAAAAGACUUUAUCAAGAUGUCGCUCAACGAUCGCAAAGUACUCCGGUUUUCUGCGAAAAUGGUAUCCUCUCGUCGCGAACAAUCGGCGCGGCAGUUUAUUGUGGCCUUCUACCUCGCCGACGACACUGUGUCUAUCUACGAACCCGAGGCGCGCAACUCGGGCAUCGUGAGCGGCAAGUUCCUCGAGCGAGGCCCCCACAAGAAACCCGACGGCGCGCGCUACCGCCUCGCGGACUUUCAAAUCAACAGCAAUGUCGUGUUCAACGCGUACGAGUUCCACAUCCAUGACGCCGACGAGUACACAAAGAAGUUUCUUGGGUUGCACUAGACAAUCCACCCCUUGCAGUGUAGUGGGUAUUGGUAUCAUCGUAGGUAGGUUGUAUUUUGAUAAUGGAGAAGCAAUACUUUUCACGAUAUGUUGAGAUACCCCACUCACAAGUACUUGUAAGCAGAACUUGCCGCAUUCAUAGUGCCAGUCCCGACUCCAUUUUAGUUCUCACGUAUGUACAGCCUAGGCACGCCAU